UCCCUAGGUCAUAAAAUACUGUGAUCAUGUACAUGGAAAGUGGCAUUUCAGUGAAAUUCGAGCUGUUUUCUCCAGGAGGUAUCUGCUGCAGAAUGUUGCCUUGGAAAUAUUUUUGGCAUCAAGAACCUCCAUAAUGUUGGCCUUUAUGGACCACAUGACUGUGAAAAAAGUUGUAAAAGCCCUUCCGUGUGUUGGAGUGGGAAUAAAAUAUGGUAUUCCUCAAACAAGGCGAGCUUCCCUGAUGUCUCCUCGUCAGAUAUUUCAGCAGUCUAAUAUGACUCAGAAAUGGCAACGAAGAGAAAUUACAAACUUUGAAUACCUUAUGUUUCUUAAUACCAUAGCUGGUCGGACCUAUAAUGAUCUGAAUCAGUAUCCAGUGUUCCCGUGGGUGCUUACUAAUUAUGAAGCCCCUGAAUUGGACCUCAGCCUACCUAGUAACUAUAGAGAUCUUUCUAAGCCUGUAGGAGCUCUGAAUCCAAGCAGGAAAGCAUUCUUUGAAGAGCGCUAUGAAACAUGGGAACAUGAAACAAUCCCUCCUUUCCAUUUUGGAACUCAUUAUUCAACUUCUGCUUUCACAUUGAAUUGGCUUGUCAGAGUGGAGCCAUUUACAACCAUGUUCUUGUCUUUGCAAGGAGGUAAAUUUGAUCAUGCCAACAGAAUGUUCUCAUCUGUAGCUCAGGCAUGGAAAAAUUGCCAACGUGAUACAUCUGAUGUCAAAGAAUUAAUUCCUGAAUUCUUCUACUUGGCUGAAAUGUUUAUGAAUAAGAAUGGUUAUCAGCUAGGCUGCCAAGAAGAAGGUACACCUGUUUCAGAUGUGGUAUUGCCUCCUUGGGCUUCCACGCCUGAGGAGUUUGUCCGUAUUAACAGAAUGGCUUUAGAAUCUGAGUUUGUCUCAUGUCAACUUCAUCAGUGGAUUGAUUUGAUAUUUGGUUACAAGCAAAGAGGCCCAGAAGCAGUUCGAGCAACAAAUGUUUUUUAUUACCUAACUUAUGAAGGAAGUGUUGAUCUUGAAAAUAUGAAAGAUCAAGUUAUGAAAGAGGCUAUAGAAAAUCAAAUUAGAAGUUUUGGCCAAACACCAUCUCAACUGCUGAUGGAGCCACAUCCUCCAAGAAGUUCUGCAAUGCAUAUUAGUCCAAUGAUGUUCUCCCCUAUCACAGAAGAAGUGUGCAUGAUAAUGAAAUUUUUAUCCAAUUCCCCAGUGUGUCAUAUAUCGGCUAACACCUAUCCACAGCUUCCUUUACCAUCUGUUGUCACCAUUUCCUGCAACCAAAACUUUGCUGUUAAUAGGUGGAACCCGUGCUUUUCAGGCCCCCUGCAUCAGCCUCCAUAUUCAGAUAAUUCUCAGACUUCACCAUCACAGUUACCCCUUGCCAUGGAUCCUUUACUUAUUAUGAAUGUUGCUCCUUAUAAAAGACAUCUCGGAGAUAAUUUCAGCCAGCGAGUUAAAAUGCGUUCUUGUUGUUUUGUAACAACAGUCGACAGCAGAUUUUUGAUAGCAUGUGGAUUUUGGGAUAACAGUUUCAGAGUAUUUUCAACCGAAUCUGCGAAAAUAGUGCAAAUAGUAUACGGUCACUUUGGUGUCGUUACUUGCUUAGCCAGGUCAGAGUGCAAUAUUACGUCAGAUUGUUAUAUUGCAUCCGGUUCUGAAGAUUGCACGAUUUUGCUGUGGCAUUGGAAUGCUCGUACGCAGUGUAUAGCUGGGGAUUUGUUAAAUAGUCCAGAUGUUCCAACACCUCGAGCAACUUUGACAGGUCAUGAAAGCGAAGUUACAUGUAUUGUUGUUUCAGCAGAGCUUGGAUUGGUUGUUAGUGGCUCAAAAGAUGGACCUGUUCUAGUCCAUACAACAAAUGGAGAUCUGCUGCGAUCUCUUGAAGCUCCAGAAAACUUUCGCUCUCCCGAACUGUGUGCUUUAUGCAGAGAAGGAUUAGUAGUGGUCUGUUAUGAUCAUUGCAAUGUCUGUUGUUUUACCAUUAAUGGAAGGAGGCUUCGGAGUGAAACACAUCAUCAUCCUAUUCAGUGUUUGACAAUGAGUAGAGAUGGUGAAUACAUGAUGACUGGAAGUGACAAAGGUAUUGUUGAAGUGUGGAGAACAUUUAAUCUUGCCCUUCUUUAUGCAUUCUCAGCUUGUGACAGCGGAGUUCGUUCUUUGGCUUUAUCUCAUGAUCAGAAAUUUCUGCUGGCAGGUUUGGCCAAUGGUUCUGUAACAGUUUUUUACAUUGAUUUUAACCGAUGGCACCAUGAAUUUCAACAACGCUAUUAAGUUCUAUUGAGUACUUAUUUCAGUAUUCGUCCCUUAAGUACUGCAGAGACUGUUACCGACACUGCCACACACUUUCUGGUUGCAUUGCAGCACCAGAGGAAUGUGGUUCAUUAUCCAAAUAGAAACCGGCCAUGCAAGGAUACAACACUCUUGUUAUGUAUUUACCUGCAGAUAAUCGGAUGACUUCUAAUAACCAGUUAUGCAAAUCAUUGACUGAUAACUCUCGGUGAUUAUCAUUUAAUGCUUUAGAUAUUAUCGUUAAGUUUCUUUUAUGUAAUUUUGCACUUUGUUUCUGAGGUGGACUGAUGCAGUUAUUACACACGAGCUCCGUCACUGUCCCUAGGUACAUUUGUAGAGUACUUAUGUUGUUGUACAGAUAUGAUAGAACUCUGAACGUCCACAGCGCAGGCCCUCCAUCUGUAUAUAUACAAUAUAUAAAUAAAUAAAUAUAUAUAUAUAAAAUACAUAAAAAGUCAACAUUUUUGACAACUUCUGCCAUCUAUGAGGUGUUGCGAGAUUGCAUAUUAGUCUGAUUUUGUUUCACAUAAUUCUCACCACAGGGGUGUUCAAUUUUAUUGAUGGCCUAUUGUUUACAAGUUAAUAAAAGCGAUGGUUAUGAAGAAUAUUGUUAUUAAACGCUAUUAUGUUUUGCAAUGGUGUUUAAAAAAAUCCUAUUGUACUUUUCAUAGUGAAGCAUAUGUUGUUAGAAUCUUUGUAAAAAGUCUCUAUUUGUGUUAUUUUGUGUACUUAAUGCACCAACAUUCGUUACACUCUGUGAUACCUCAAGAAACAGAUUUCUAUUCCAUGUAUGUUAUCUUGCAAAACAUUUUAACUUUCUGUAUUAUAACCGAGUUUUAUUGUUUAAAGAUUAAAAUAAUAGAGUAACAAGAGCUAAAGAUUAAAACAAUACAGUAACUAAAUUUUCAUUUUUAACCUUUUUUCUGUAUAAGUAAAUUAAUUAGUAAUAUUCCCAAUUUUAUUCAUUCAUGGAAGGAAGUUUGAAAUAUAUUUAAAUGUUUGAUUGUGUUCUAAAUUUAAUGACAUAUGAUUAUUAUGCCACCAAAUAUAAUCUAAAAUUGUUAAUUGAAACUAUUUUAAAAGUGUAAUCUAGUCUAGUCUUAUGUAUAUUUUAUUAGAGUUAGUUUUCUGUGUGCAGCUAGUUUGAUAGAAACUUUCUAAUGCUCAUCAGGAAAUUUUUACCAUUGCUGAAACAUUGAUGAAGUAAUUAUUUACGCAAAUGUGUUGGUAAUUUUCUAAUUGUAUUUCCACACACAUGUGGCAUAAAUGUGGGCAUUGGUUAAAUUUAAAAACCUAAAUUAUGUCCUUUCGUAAAAUCAAACUGUAAUGUGAUUUAUUUAUUUGUUGUGAUUUAUUUAUUUAUUUGUCACAGAUAAGUGUGGAUAAAUUUCCCUUCAAACUAUUAGUAAAUAUCUGUUAGAUUUGUUGCAAUAAAAAUUGCUUUCUUUUUUUGAAAAGAUAUGUAAAACGUUUCCCUGCUCUUUCAUUUAUGACAUACAGUAUGCCAUUUAAUUUUAACUUAUUGCACACCCCUGGCUGAGUAUUUCUGCCUUGCUCAAAGAGAGAUAUUAGUUUUUCUUGUCACUAAUUCUCCUAUCUUUUUCUAUAUAGCCAGAGAUAGUUCUCAAAACAAUUUCCAUUUGGCUCAAAAAUGAUUUAUUCUCUGUAGAGAGUGCUGUCUAUUUGCCCUGUAGCCUAUUAGUGUGAAUAAUUUCUAGUCAAUUGCCUAGGGCAUUGUGCGGCAAAAAAACUGGCAUUGAGCGUCAGUUAUAUAGAACUUAUGUAAAUUUUUGUAAUUUCUGUUGCAUUUCUGAAAGAACGUGAUACAACAACUUUUUACGUAAUACAUAAAUUUCAAGCUUUAAAACUUGUAAAAGCUAUUGAAUUAUGUUUUCAUAAUUUACUUUGAAUUUAAAUAAAUCCAAAAAAACUAUUACUAUAGUUAUUUUUUUCUUUCAUUUUAAUAACAUUCAAUAUUUUUUGUUACUUUCAAGACAACUGAAAGUCAGGGGAGGUAACUGCAGCUGUUGAAUUGUAAAUUUUUUACUUUUUAGUAAGAAUGAAACACUGUGUAUAUGUUUAGUUUUUAACUUUUAUUUUGUGGCAUGUGUGAUUUUUAAUGCAAGACAACAGUAUUUUGACAAUAAUAUAGUAUUGUUUUUAUGCUAAACUUUCAUGUUUCAAUUUUCAGAAUAAUUUUAAUUUUGGGAAUACUUCCUAAAAUAUUGGUAUUAUUUUAUAAGUUACUUUCACUUAAAAAAAUUCUUAUUGUCAUCUUAAUGUGCACAAAAUAUGUGUGAUAGAUAAAAUAUGGAAGUAAUAAUAUUAAUUUUAUUAAAAAUUCUUUUGGCUUUGUCAAUGGGUUAGUUGUGUGUAGUAUUAACAUGGUUGUGUAUUUCUUCAUAUUGUGUUAAGUGUCACUGAUAAUCUAUAGGCAUUACAUUGUUUUUAAAAUGAUGCACAAUUUUUACGGUAUAAUGUGCAAGCCCAUUAUAUGCUGUUCUAGUUCCUACUAGGAUAUGUUUUAUCUUAAUCUGCAGUCAAGUAGCAUUACUACACAAUGUAGUAUAUUCUACGUCAAUAUUUAUUCAGACAGUAGAGAAAUUAACAUCAAUGGCAGAAGCUAUAUCACAUGUGAAUUGAAAUUAUUCGAAAAUGUAUGUAUUGCAUUACUGUCGGUUAUAAGACUGUUUUUCAGUUCUUAUAUUUGUUAGUUUAGUCACAUUUCAGGCAUUCCUUUAAUCAAAAUAAAACAGUAUCUUUUAUUUAGUGUGAUUUUUUUAAGUUAUAUAUUGUAAACUAGAGAAUGUUAUUUAACAUUGAUUUGUAAUUUAAUUUUUUGUUUUUGUGAGCUUCAUUGUACUUAUGUGUGUUUUUUAACAUUCCCUUACUUCUUGUAGAAAUAUUUGUAUUUUUUAAAAUGAUAAUUCUGAUAUAUUCUUAUAUACGUGUGUGCAGUUGAGUGGUUGCAUAUAUGUCCUCCUUCACAUGAACACUUUAUUUUCUUCUUUUGGGUUUUACCAUUUGUCAGUCUCACUUCUUAGGUUUCAAUGCCCUUUGUUGCCAGCACAAAUGGUAUGGGGCUUGUCUAACAAUCAGGUGAACUGGUUCAAUAAAGCUAUUGACUUGUA